AGUGUAUCAGGUUUCUCAACUAUAACCUUUGACCUCCCCUAUUGUUUGUCAGCCAUUUUUUUCUUCUUCCUAACCUGCUCUUCGUAAAAUUACCUCAAAACUGACGCAAUUAUGCAGGCGUAAAUGAUCUUUUCACAGUAGACGCUUCAUGAACCAGAAGGGAAGAACAGGACAGAUGGAAACGGACAACAGUGGGGAGCAGACAACAGACGCAGGACGGCAGCAGGACGUUCUAAGUGAGGCAGCGUGCGGGGUAAACUGUACCCAGCCUGAGGAGGGAGUCUCAUCACAUCUACAUGUACAGGUCCGUACAGAACAGAUGGAAAUGGACAACAUGGGGGAGCAGACAAUAGACUCAGGAUGGCAGCAGGACGACGAAAAGGACAUUGUAAAUGACAAACCGUUCAAUGUAACCUUCACUGGGUCUAACAUUAAUAAGACAGAAGUCUUGCCACAGAGCCAUGCACUGCAAGAGGGCAGUCACAUGAGAGAACAUAGUGAUAAGGCUGACGAGCACGGGUGUACAUUGGCUCAUAAUGCUAUCUCAAAGUCAAACCUACACCAGAGAACACACACAGGUGAGAAACUCCACCAAUGUGAGCAGUGCGACUACUCUACUGCACAGAAAGGCCAUUUAAACCAACACAUCAUGAGAAAACACUCCGGUAAAAAGCCCUACAUGUGUGGGAAGUGUGAAUACAGGACAUCUGUCAAGUCUGACUUAUCCCGGCAUUUAACAACACACACAGGUGAGAAACCCCACAAAUGUGACCAGUGUGACUAUUCUGCUGCACAGAAAGCCCAACUAGACAAACACAUGAUGACAAAACACACCGAUGAGAAACCCUUCAUGUGUGAGGACUGUGGAUACAGGGCUGCUCUUAAGUAUCAACUAUUAAGGCACAUGAAAACACACACAGGUGAGAAACCGUACAAAUGUGAACAUUGUGACUAUUCUGCUGCACAAAAAUCUCUAUUAGACAAGCACGCCAUGAGGAAACACUCCGGUAAGAAGCCCUACCUUUGCGGACAGUGUGAAUACAGGACGGCUGUAAAGUCUGACUUAUCCCAGCAUAUGAGAACUCACACAGAUGAGAAACCCCACAAAUGUGACCAGUGUGAUUAUUCUGCUGUGCAGAAAGCCCAACUAGACAAACACAUCAUGACAAAACACACAGAUGAGAAACCCUAUAUGUGUGAGGACUGUGGGUACAGGACGGCAAUCAAGUGUCAACUACUCCAGCACAUGAAAAAACAUACAGGUGAGAAACCCUAUAAAUGUGACCAGUGCGACUAUUCUGCAGCACAAAAACGCAACUUAGAUCACCACAUUAUGAGAAAACAUUCGUGUGAAAAACCUUACAUAUGUGAGGAAUGCGGACAUAGAAUGGCAGUAAAGGCUGACUUAGCAUAUUGAAUCACACAGAGGCGCGAAACCCUACAAAUGUGACCAGUG